GGAAAUGGCUGAGCUGGCUUUGAAAGUAUUUUUGCAGCAGAUGUAGGGCAUUACUUUUUGCAUCACUUGUGCUACACUCUAAACCCACACAUACUUAAAAAAAAAUGUUUUUGCAAGAUCUGACCAUAUUAUACGUUUUCAUUCUUGGAUGGUACUCCCCAAUCUUGAAAGCAUUGAGUCUCUACACUCUUCUGUCUGAUCUUUGCCGUCUGCACAUCGUCCCUGGCUAAGUAGGUGGACACAGGGUUGAGUGAGAUUUGGGUCACGUAUACACUGAGGCAACUUGCCCUGCAUUCUCCAGUAAGGGUAUAAACCAUUAAAAUGCCACCACCGUCAGACAUUGUGAAGGUGGCCAUUGAAUGGCCUGGGGCCUUCCCGAAAUUGAUGGAAAUUGAUCAGAAAAAGCCUUUGGCUUCUAUUAUCCGGGAAGUCUGUGAUGGUUGGUCACUAUCAAUCCCUGAAAAUUAUGCUCUGCAGUAUGCAGAUAGCACAAAUUUUUACAUCACAGAAAAGAACCGUAAUGAAAUAAAAAAUGGGGCAAUCCUUCGAUUGGCAGCAUCUCCAACUCAAACUGCACAGGGGCUGCAUGAAAGGAUUCAGUCUUCCAGCAUGGAUGCCAAGUUAGAAGCAUUGAAAGACUUGGCUAAUCACUCCCGCGACAUCACCUUUGCCCAGGAGUUCAUUAACCUCGAUGGUAUCUCCCUCUUAACUCAGAUGGUGGAAAGCGGAUCUGAACGUUAUCAGAAACUACAGAAGAUUAUGAAGCCCUGCUUUGGGGACAUGUUGUCAUUCACCUUGACUGCAUUCGUUGAGCUCAUGGACCAUGGGAUUGUCUCCUGGGAUACGUUCUCUGUGGCUUUCAUCAAAAAGAUAGCGAGCUAUGUGAACAAAUCUGCUACGGAUGUGUCUGUGUUGCAAAGGUCGCUCGCAAUCUUGGAGUCUAUGGUGUUGAACAGCUAUGAUCUCUACCAGAAGGUGGCACAAGAGAUUACUAUUGGCCAACUAAUGCCACAUCUACAAGGGUCAGAUUCUGACAUUCAGACUUACACGAUUGCUGUGAUAAAUGCACUCUUCCUUAAAGCCCCUGACGACAAGAGACAGGAAAUAGCGAAUAUCUUGGCCCAGAAACAACUGCGUUCCAUUAUUUUAAGUCAUGUUAUUCGUGGAAAUCGAACCAUUCAGACUGAAAUGGCCCACCAGCUGUAUGUCCUCCAAGUACUGACUUUUAAUCUUCUGGAAGACCGGAUGAUGACUAAAAUGGAUCCACAGGAUCAAUCCCAAAGGGAUAUCAUAUUUGAGCUGCGCAGGAUUGCAUUUGACGCUGACUUGGAACCUAGUAACAGCGGCAGUAUUGAGAAGCGAAAGUCCAUGUACACCAGAGAUUAUAAAAAGCUGGGAUUCAUUAAUCAUGUGAAUCCAGCCAUGGAUUUUACUGAGACUCCACCGGGAAUGCUGGCCCUUGACAACAUGCUGUACUUUGCCAAGCACCAUCAGGACGCUUACAUUAGGAUCGUACUGGAGAAUAGUAGUCGAGAAGACAAGCAUGAGUGUCCGUUUGGUAGAAGUAGCAUCGAGCUCACCAGGAUGCUUUGCGAAAUCCUUAAAGUGGGAGAACUUCCCAGUGAUACCUGCAACGAAUUUCACCCCAUGUUUUUUACCCACGACCGAUCAUUCGAGGAGUUUUUCUGCAUCUGCAUCCAGCUAUUAAAUAAGACGUGGAAGGAAAUGAGAGCAACAUCUGAGGAUUUCAACAAGGUGAUGCAAGUUGUAAAGGAGCAGAUUAUGAGAGCACUGACUACCAAGCCUAACUCACUGGACCAGUUCAAGAGCAAAUUGCAGAACCUGAGUUACACUGAGAUCCUGAAAAUCCGGCAGUCCGAGAGGAUGAACCAGGAGGACUUCCAGUCUCGUCCAAUCCUAGAACUCAGAGAGAAGAUUCAGCCUGAAAUCCUGGAGUUGGUCAAGCAGCAGCGGCUGAACCGACUUUGUGAAGGAACCUGCUUCAGGAAGAUCAGCAGCCGCCGGCGACAAGACAAAUUCUGGUACUGCCGCCUUUCGCCAAACCACAAAGUCCUGCACUAUGGAGACCAGGACGAGAGCCCUCAGGGAGAGGUGCCACAUGAAUCUUUGCAGGACAAGUUGCCUGUGGCCGAUAUCAAAGCUAUCGUGACAGGAAAGGAUUGUCCACACAUGAAGGAAAAGGGUGCACUUAAACAAAAUAAGGAGGUGUUAGAACUCGCUUUCUCUAUCCUGUACGACCCAGAUGAUUCCUUGAAUUUCAUCGCUCCUGACAAGCAUGAAUACUGCGUGUGGACAGAUGGGCUGAACGCUCUGCUCGGGAAGGAGAUGAUGAGCGAGCUAACGAAGAACGACCUCGACACGCUCCUCAGCAUGGAGAUGAAGCUUCGCCUUCUCGACUUAGAGAAUAUUCAAAUUCCAGAAGCCCCGCCUCCCAUCCCCAAGGAGCCGAGCAACUACGACUUUGUUUACGACUGUAACUAAACAGGGCUGUGAGAAAAAACUGGAACCAGCAGUAACCCGAGCUGCCCUCUUCCCAAAUUGUUCUAUCUGCUGCCUAUGUAACUUCCUGCUACUCUCUGGCCUCAAUUAAUCUUUAGCUAGACCAAAUUGUUUUCUGAUUUCUUGGGCAUUACUUUGUGGAAAAAUGUCUUGUGUUUCCGCAUCACUGAAAGCAGUGAUGUAGCCACAAUGUUACCUCCACUGGGAGCUGGACCAUCUCAUGGUUAAUAUGACUUAUCAGAGAUCAUACUUCUGCCAAAGCUUUGGUUGUGGCAGAACGUCAUGAGAUUGACCAUCACUCUUUGUUACCAGAGUGGUGAAACGGAUCACGGAUACACUAAGAGAGGGCAGAUCGUACAUAUUUUGUGUAUGUGUGUGCAUGUGCAUGUGUCAGAAACAAAUGGAAAAUCAGCUUAGGUCCAUUCAAGAAGCCAGAAAUCAAUUUGUUCUAGAGCUGUUAAAAUCUCAAAUUGCAUUCCCUUUGAGAUCUGACCCUUCAGCCUCAUACUUUGCUUGAUAGAUAAAACAUACAUCAUGAUGCCAGUAACGCCAUAGUUCAUCAAUAUCUAUCAUACUUAAACAGAAAGAGUACAUUUCUGUCAAACUAAACAUAUGGUCUUGUCUUUGACUCUAUGUAGAGUAAGAUAUCUAUAUUGCAUUAGUGGUGAUUUGUGAAAUACGCCAAACAGCCAGUAUUAUGUCAAUGUUGUGUCAUUAUGAUGUUGAGAAGAAUUUACCAGGAAGCAUUUUAUAUAUGUAAAAAAAAAGUUUUACCAUUUUUGAUUUCUUACGUAUAUAUUUAAUGGAAAAUGCACGUCUGUGUGUUGUGGAAAUGUUCCUUUACAACAUUGAAAUAUCUUGAGUAAAUGUCCUUAAAAUUAUGCAGUUUACAAUAAAAGAAGAUUUAUUA